AUGAACAAUUAUUUGUUAGAUUAGAAUAAUCAACAAAAAUACCUCAAUCCAUAGACUUUUGAAACAUUAGAUGGAAGAGUUUAGAAGAUGAAUUAAUUUGAAUGUAUUUAACAUACUAUUUUCUUAGUUUAAGAUUACUAAAAGGAUUCUUAAAUAAGAGUUGAUUUUUUCAAGAAAAUGUAUAGUUUUUUGACAUUUGAGUUUCUUUUUAAUUUUGGAAUGAUUGCUUUAGGAUUUGACACUGACUUGAAAGAAUUGCUAAUACAUACCUAUUAUCAAUGCUACGAAUAACAGAAUUAUAUCAUUUGUGAUUACCAUAAUUCACCAGCUUGGUUAUUCUAUGUUUCUUUGAUUAUUUCAAUAAUCUUGUAAUUCACAUUAUACUUUGGAGGAACAAUAGUGAGAAAGGUAACAAUAUAUAAUGUAAAUCAUAGACUCCUGUAAAUUACAUUAUAUUCAUUUUGUACUUAGUUUUCUAUGGAUUUACAUUAUCAGCUAUAUCUAUUUUUAUGGCAAUAAGUUAAGGAAAAUUAGCUGUUUGGAUUACUUGGACUGUUGAUUUGCUAAUAAUAUUAACAUUUACAAUUUAUGGGUACUUUAAAAGAGAGAGAUUUCUUAGUCAAGUAAAUAUCAUUCCAUAUUUUAUAGUUAGUGCCAUUAUCAUUUUUUGUAUAGCCAUUCCUUUCGUAUUCUUUUUGAUAAUGUAUAAUUUUCAUUAUGCAUGGAUGGGAUUUUUUUAUGGAUUAGUCAGUAUAAUGUACGGAUUCUAUUUGAUGUUGGAAACAAGAUCAAUAAUGAGGAAAGGAGUAAGAAUUUAUUUAAUAACAUAAAGGGAUUAAUUUUGUAAAUUGAUGACUAUUUGGCUGGAUCUUUGUUACUUUAUGGUCUUAUGGUAUAACCAUUAGUAAGAAUAUUUGAACUUUUAAAAGAAACUUGUGGAAAUAGAAGCUAAUGA